AUGGCCUUGCGAACCUGGAGACUCGUUAAUGUGGACAAGAAGCGCAUGAACAUGGACCAUGCGCUCGUGCUCGCGGACAAUCGGGGACGGCUCCCGAAAAAGCGAGUGUCACCCCCGCCCGACGUGGUCGACAAGAUUGCCGAUGACUUGGGUCUUGAAGGCGACGCGCGCGAGCCGGUUUGGUACAAGAUGGCUUACGCAUCCUUUCUUAUUGUUCUCUUCUUUGGGUAUUAA